AUGUCUGCUUCUGUCGAUGACGGGCAUUCGUCCUCGGGGGCCGAAUUCGAGGUGUUCUUGAGUUUCAGAGGCCCCGACACCCGGCUCAGCUUCACCGAUAAUCUCUAUCACUCCCUGGUUAGAGCUGGGAUUCGUGUUUUCAGAGACAACGAAGAGAUCCGACAAGGCGAAAAGAUUGCAGACGAGCUUUUGCAUGCCAUCAAAUCCUCCAAAAUAUAUCUUCCCAUCUUCUCUAGGGGCUACGCAUCCAGUGUGUGGUGUCUUGGCGAGCUCACGCACAUGAUGGAAUGCUCGAGCAAGGCCAAAGAUAAAAUGAUCCUACCCGUUUUCUAUGACGUGGAUCCGGACGAUGUGAAGCUCAAAACUCGACUGUACCUCGAUGCUCUGGAGAAGCACGAGGGGAAGUACGGCCUCGAUGUUCCGCAAUGGAAGGAGGCUCUGACCGAGGUCGCAAGAAUCAGGGGAUUGGCGUUGAAGGGUAAAGGCCAUGGUGAAGGUGAAAUCAUCAACACUAUAUUGGACGAGGUUUGGAACAAGCUAAUGAAAAGGAGGAGAAACCUACCCAAACAUUUAGUGGGGAUCGAUGAUCAAGUGGAAGCUAUCAUGGACUUGUUAACUCAUGAUGUCCCUCAUGUGGUCAUUCAUGGAAUGGGUGGCAUCGGUAAGACAACUCUCGCAAGUGCCGUCUUUAAUCGAAUCUCCAAUCAAUUUGAUGGCUGUAGCUUCCUGUCGGAUGUUCGCGAAUCUGCGCAGCGUGGUAGAAUUAUUGACUUGCAAAAACAGUUAUUGUCAGAAAUUCUCCAAUGCAGAUCUCCUGAGAUCCACAAUUCUGAUGUAGGGAUCAACAUAAUUAGUGAAAGGUUUCGCAAUAAGAAAGUUCUACUUAUUCUUGAUGACGUGGAUAAGCAGGACCAACUCUCUAAACUAGCCGGAAAGAGCGAUUGGUUUGGUCCAGGGAGCAAAAUCAUCCUUACAACGAGGGACAUCAACUUUUUGCCAAUCAAAGAGGAGGGCGAAGAGAGUAGUUGGAACCAAGCACGUUCUAAAGAGUAUGAAAUCUAUGAAAUGGCAGAAAUGGAUUCUUCUGAUGCUCUUAAACUUUUUAGUCAACAUGCCUUAGGGAUGGAUUCCCCACCACCUCGAUAUGAAGAUAUCUCGCUCAAAAUUACCAACAAAACAGGUGGACUUCCAUUAGCUCUCGAGGUUAUUGGUGCCUCACUUUUCGGCAAAAACAGAACGAUUUGGGAAGGCAUGUUGAGGAAAUUAGAUUCAAUGCCCAAUCAGGAAGUUUUUAUAAAAUUAAAGAUCAGCUAUGACAUGUUAGAUCCUGCUCAAAAAGAGAUCUUUCUUGACAUCGCAUGUUACUUCAUUGGAAGAGACAUACUCCACCCAUGCUAUAUGUGGGAAGCUUCUGGCUAUUUCCCAAAAGCCGAUUUACUCAUUCUUGCUCGUAUGUCUUUGAUAAAGAUAGAAAAAGAUGAUACGCUAUGGAUGCAUGACCAGCUUAGGGAUUUCGGAAGACAAAUUAUUCAACUUGAAGACAAUGAAUCCAGAAAGCGUAGUAGGUUGUGGGAGCCCGAGAUUGCCUUGAAGGUGCUUCAGCGGAUAGGGGUUUUUAACUUUUCAUAG